GCGACAGACAGACGGCUCGUUUGUUUCUUUUCGCUGAACGUCAGCUUCACACGAAUACACACAAAUACAUUAUUUUAAACACAUUGCGAUAUUUUUCAAACCUUGGAGGGUGUGUUGUGUGACACACGCUUCCACUAUGAGCGGGGGUUUGGCACCAAGUAAAAGCACUGUGUACGUGUCGAAUCUGCCAUUCUCUCUUACCAACAACGACUUACACAAGCUUUUCACCAAAUAUGGAAAGGUCGUAAAGGUUACAAUUGUUAAGGAUAAAGAUACUCGCCAGAGUAAAGGGGUGGCGUUUGUUCUCUUCCUGGACAGAGAAUCGGCUCAUAACUGUGCAAGAGCAGUCAACAACAAACAGUUGUUUGGCAGAACAGUGACAGCGAGCAUUGCCAAAGACAACGGCCGAGCAACUGAGUUUAUAAAAAGACGGAACUACACAGACAAGACUAAAUGUUACGAAUGUGGGGACACCGGUCAUCUGAGCUACGCAUGCCCAAAAAACAUUCUGGGAGAGAGGGAACCUCCAAAGAAGAAAGAAAAGAAAAAAAAGAAAAAGGCUGAAGAACCCGAGCCUGUUCAAGAAGAAGAAGAAAGCGAAGAGGAGGGAGAGGACCCAACCUUAGAUAGUUUGAGCCAAGCCAUAGCAUUUCAGCAAGCCCGUAUUGAGGAAGAGGAGACUAACAGGAAGCAGGCACGUCUGUCUCAAGAGGAAGGUGGUCACGCUUCAACAUCCUCAGACUCUAGGAAACCAAGGAUCAAAAAGAGUGCAUACUUCAGUGACGAGGAGGAGCUUAGUGACUAAAUAUAUAAAUACAGUUUGGCCAACGUUGGUUGUCAAAUUGUGCUUCUUUUUAUUGUAUAGUGUGGAUGCUUUCCAUAUUUACUGAUGAAAUGCAAGUUUCUUCCUUCCCCUACAGAGAACUAACACAUUUUCUUUCAGUUUCAAAAAUACCCCAAUUGUUCUCAGGUUGAAUGUGGUUUUUUGUGUUGUUUUUUUUACUAUUUCAAUCCAUAAGAACUUGUUUUCUACCGGUAAACCAAAACAAUUUUUGGUCGUUGUGGUGUGAAAUGUGGAAUCAGAUCAAGGAUCCUGAAGAGACCCUUCUUAGCGCGAUGUAAAUAUCCAUUCGUAUAUGUUAUUGAUCAAUUAGUGGAUGGAUUCCUUUUUUUCCUUUUUUACAUACAACUUAUCUUGACCAUAAAAUAACAAGGUUUGUUCUUUUAAGGGUUAAACAAUUGGAUUAAAAACUGUUCCGUUUCUUGUGGACAUUGUGUGUAUUAUUAUACAUCCCCAUAACGCAUACUUGAAGUCUAAACAGAUUCACUUGAUAUCCAAAUAUGUGAGAGUCCCUGUGGCCCUGAACAUUAAAAAAAAGCAACAUGAUAAAUGACAGUUACGGUAUAGAGGUUUGCUUGGAAAUGUGUUUUCUGAUGUUCCAUUGCGUCAGCGCGGACAUGAAUGGAGGGCUUUCCCGCUGUUUAAUGUGCUCGCCUGUGAUCCACCUGCUGCGGCAAUUCUGCAGACUUUGAGUCCGAUGCUGUGAGACGAAUGCCGGUAGAUUGAGAAUGAUAAGAGGUUAACACAUUGCGGUUGAUGCGACGUUAUCUUCUACACAUUUCUGUUGCAUUCAUGAUGUAUAUGUAAACAGACAGUAAAUCAUAAUUAAAAUGUUA